GGAGGGUGUGUGUGUGUAUGUGUGCGAGUCUCUCCAAGCAACGACCUGCGAACGGGCAUCCGAGCCAGUCUGAGCAAAAAAACAGGAACCACAUUAAUUUCGAGUGUCUUUGCAAUGUUCCCGACGAUAUUUCUACAUUAUUUGCUUUGAUCUCGUCAAAGUUACCGUCUCACCAGACGUCGGCUUCAAAAACGAAACAAGAAAUUAAUGCAUCUCGCUCCGCUUUCCUGUUUGUUUUGACCUGUGUAGCUAGAAGGGAAUCCUGUUCGAGGGAUUAGCGGUCUGUCAAUGAGGAACUACCGGCUCAUCUUCUGCCACAACCUGAAGCAGCCAUAGAUGGUUCGGUGGUUUACUGGCCAGGGGAGGAGAGGAUAGAACACACUUUCACUGCUACACGACGUGAGGUCUUGGCGGGGUUGUGGUGAGGAGGAGGAGGAGGAGGAGCAGGGGGCCAUGAGGAAGAGCGUGUCUCCGUUGCCAGGCAACGAGGGCGGGAGCUCAGCCAGCACCACACGGGUUUUUGGUGUUCCUCUGGAGGAUGUGACACACACACACACAAUCAGCGGCCAUGAGGUUCCUGCACUAGUAAAAGAUAUUGUCGACUACAUUGAGGAGCACGGUCACCUGGACUUGGAGGGGCUCUUCCUGGUUAAUGGCAAUGCAGAGCGAGUGGAUUGGUUGCGUCAGCGCUAUGACAGUGGUGAGGAGGUGAAGCUAGAGAAGGAGGCCGAUCUGGCGUCAGCGGUCAGUUUGCUCCGACUGUUCCUGCAGGAGCUUCCUGAGCCUGUUAUCCCAACGGCUAUACAGGGACGUAUACUACAGCUCUAUCAAGAUUACGACAAUGAAGAAGAGCUGUGUAGAAAUUUGAAGUAUCUGCUUCAGGACCUUCCCCAGUUGAACUACGGUCUGUUGCGCUUCCUGUGCCGCUUCCUGGCUAGCGUGGCGUCACUUCAGCAAAAGAGCUGGAACGUUGGAGCGUUGGCCGCCGUCUUUGGACCCGACAUCUUCCAUCUGUCAACAGAAGGAGAGGACCUUCGGGACCAGGAGUCUGUCAGCAGAGUCCUGGCAGAGCUGCUGGACAAUCAGGAGGGCCUGUUUGACUCAGAGGACGAUGAUGUCUCCACCACCAAUGACUACAGCUCCAUCAAUGAACAGAUCACAGAGCUGUUGGAUGAUGAGAAGUGUGAGGCAGAAUGUGAAGAGCUGCCUCAGGACGGGGAGGACGGCCCUGCCUCCGACUCACCGCAACGCACACACACUGACGACAACCCCGCAGCCAGCUCCCACCUCUCCCCUAUAUCCAUCCUGCCUGCUGACUCUGCUGAUAUUAUUCAGCGGACCAUCAGAGCUGCAGUGGAGCAGCACUUCUUUGAUCUGAAAAACUCCAUCGACCAAGACCUCAGCAGCUACGACAGCCAGGGGGAGAGUCCCAGUGAGCCUGCAGACCAGGGCUGUGAUGGAGACAAGGAGCAACAAACUGACCCUGAAGACAGUCCCUGCAACACAGAAGGGGAGACCCCACUCACACAGCCUGAGCAGCACAUCCAACAAAAUCAGCGAGAAGCGCAGAAUUCACUGGACUCUGUCCCCACCCUGGAGGAGAGCUCAGGAAUGGACCUGGAUGCAGAGUCUGUCACAGAUGCAAAGAACAACUUAAACACUGCCAGGCAGGACAAUCAGCCUCUUGUGACGAUGGAGCACACUGUCACCAUAAGCUGUGACUCCAGUUCAUGUUGCUGUGAUCACAACGCCAACACCAGCGAGCCCAACUGGAACCACCUGUCACCAUGCCAACCAGACUCCUCCCACCUCCAGCUUUUUCCCGACAACCAAUGGGAAGCGUCACCCCCCUCCCAUCUCCACCUCCCUCCCAUCGACUUCUCAUUGAUGCAUCUGCAAAAGGAAGGCCAAGACCCCGUCCCAGCUUUUAAAUCCUGGCAGGAUGACAACGAGAGCGGAGAGGCACAGCUCUCCCCGUUGGCCGGUCGCAUGGUUCCUCUCCCUCUGCUCCCCCUGGAGGAGGGUGGUGAAGAGGAACAGGGAGAGGGAGGGCAGAAUGACUCCCCUUCCUCUUCCCGCUCCCACCCUCACCUGCUGGCACGACGCUUUCUCGAUUUUGGUGUGCACGGCGCCCAGAGAUUCCUCCAGCAGGAUCUGGAUGCCACUUCACCCACCAAAGUACAUAGGCCCAGGCGAGCAUCAUUUGGUUCCAAAGAGGCGAUGAGAGGAGGAGAUUCGGUGAUGCACCAGCUCACCAAAAAGCUUCAGCAUCUGAAGAAGAAAAUCAAACAGUUUGAAGAGCAGUUUGAGAAGGAGAGAAACUACAAGCCUUCUCAUGCAGACAAGGCAGCUAACCCCAAGGUCCUCAAAUGGAUGACUGACUUGACCAAGAUCCGCAGGCAGAUUAAAGGACGCCAGCACCACCUUUUGCCCAGAAGCACGUUGAGGCACCAGGCUUUGAUCCAUUCACACAGAUGCCACCAUGCUCCCUCCUCCCCUUCCUCCUCCUCCUCCUCCUCUAUCUGCUCACCUCCCCAUCACAUACUCACCCCCCCGCUCCACCCCUACUCAGGCCUACUCAGCUCUAGACCGUUUCACCUCAAUGCCAAACACCGUGCAGAGACCGAGCUCGGCCCUCAGACUCGGCCCCGGAGUAACACCUUGCCCAAGAGCUUUGGAUCCACACUGGAUCACAGUGCUCAUGACGCAGCGGGGGAGCUCAAAGGCCCGCGGCCUACAAGGGAGGAAACACUGGAGCUCAUCCAAUGCAGAGUCAAAGAGAAGAGGGAGGAGGACGGCUGGCCUGAUGAUAUCAAGAAGAUGACAAAAGAGCAAUUAACCUGUGAGAAGACUGUCCUGCAGAAGAAUCUGCUGCACUACGAAGGGCUGCACGGUCGACCGGUGACCAGAGAGGAGCGGCUGGUCGUGAAACCUCUGUACGACCGCUACAGGCUGGUCAAACAGAUGCUCACCAGAGUCAGCAUUACACCUGUUGCAGUAUCUCCAUCUAGUAAGAGGCGGAGUAAAAUCCUGCAGCCAAUCAUUGAGGGUGAAACUGCUCACUUUUGGGAGGAAAUUAAAGAGGAAGAGGAGGAGGAGCAAGAGCAGAAAGGUGGAGGAGAAGAGGAGAGGGAUGAGGAGGAAGAAGAAGAGGAGGAGGAGGAGGAAGAGGGAGAGAGCAGCGGUGGUGAGAUGCAGAGCCCCGAGGUUAUCAUGGCCAUCGAUCCAAUGACCUCGAGUGACGGGCCCGUGAGCAGCCAGAACCAGUCUGACAGACAGAGCGACUGUUCAAUGAGAGACAAGAUGGAGGAGGGGUCGGGGAGGCUGGCGCUCGACCUGCGUCUGUCCAGCUCGAACGCCUCAUCCAUGCCAGAGCUGCUGGAACAGCUGUGGAAGGCCAGAGCAGAGAAGAAGAAACUGAGGAAGACCAUCAGAGAGUUUGAAGAAGAUUUCUAUCAGCAUAAUGGAAGAAAUGUUCAGAAGGAGGACCGGGUGCCAAUGCUGGAGGCGUACAGAGAGUACAAGAAGAUCAAGGCCAAACUCCGCCUGCUGGAGGUCCUCAUCAGCAAGCAAGAUUCCUCCAAAUCCAUCUAGACCCCUUCCUCAAAUAUCCGCUAUCCCCGCGCACAUCAGCUGUCAUCACUGCAGCAACGCUACGCCCAGGACGUCUAGCCUGUCAUCACGCCUGGAGAGUUUAACAAAGACUGCAGCCAACAGUCAAACACACAACUAAUGACCUCCUAUUGGUACCCUGCAGCCACAUCAUGGGGAAAUUAAGUCAGCUCUGACUGCUUUUAUUAAAAAGUAAAAAAAAAAAAAAUCAAAAGUGCCACCGAAAUCGUAAAUACGACAUAUCGGUGUAGCUAAGCUACAAAUAGCCUCACAGAAAUGAAAAUGGCACGGAAACACCCAAAAUAUUCAAAAAGCAGAGGUCACAAAGAGAAACACAUAACUGACUCUGCCACAUAUCAAACAGAAGAAUAUUUUAGGACGGCUUCCAGUGUCAUUUCCUUAAAUUAAAAAAAUGGAAUGACAUCUCAAAUGUUUUUUUAAACUUGUUAGUGAUCCAAUCUGCCAAAUGCCUGCAAGUGAGUGAGGACAAACACUGGAAAAGUUUCACUGUAAAGCCGUCAUCUAAUGUGUGGCCAAACCGAGGUGCUCUGCCAAAUAUCUGAAACCUAGGUUUUAGUUGAGCAUUUUAAAGUUAAACGUGUGUUAUUACAACUUUUUCCCCCUGAUGUGAAUGCAGCACGGCCGCUGGUCAAACUUAAAGCAGCUUCCAUCAUCCGCAUUUGAUUCCCGCUGCCUCAGUCUGACUGCAUAUCAUCUGAAAACAAACAGCAGUUAAAAAAAAAAGACACAAAGAGAAACUAAUCACUGUGUGUAUCAUCAUCAUCAUCAUCAUCUCACCAAUUUGACUCAAGACUCUGCACUCGUCUCUCACCUCCUGGUUUUCUGACCAGGAAGAAAAAGGCAAAAACAUUUUGACUUUUUGAUUUCAAGAACUUUACUGUUGUCGAUCUUUGUGUUUCUGAGGAAUCUCAUCGGACAGCUGGAGGACUGGCAUUUUAGACACUCUUCACUCAACACACUUCCGAUUCAUCUGAAACGUCUCACACUGUGCUUCAACCUCUUUCACUUGUUGCAAAGUGGUCAUUUUAAUAAUAAUAAUUUAACAUCCUUACAUCCUGGAUGCCUCACCUUCUGACUGAUUUUAAAUAUUCAUCCACAAGAUUUCAAAACCACUUUGUUUUAAAAAGAUGAUGUACACGUGCAAUUAGUCACACUGUACAAGUUGUAUUCCAACAAAAGUAUUAAUUCUUUUCAUUAUUUUCUAUUAGGCGUUUUCUUCUACUUUUUGUUUGCAUUUCAGAAUACAGCGAUGUGUGCACCUUUUUUUUUUCCUCCUGUGCAGAGGAACUCUGAGCUUAGUUUCGUGGGAGCAUCUUGCAAAAAGAAAAAAAGAAAUGCUGCUUUGUCUUGUGCUCUUAAUUUCGACAGCUCCUAAGGCCUCAUCAAACAGAAGACGCUCACAGGUAACAGUUCUUCUCAGCUUAAUCAGUGAUGCAAAGGACUGUUGCAGAACUCUGAGAAAAACUGUGACUUGGCUCCUUGUUUUUCAUCGAUCUCCUGUUCAGUUUGCCACAUUGUAGUUCCUGAGGAAUUACGGGUGAUAGAUAGGUCUGUGUUGUUUUUCAUCUGAGAAUCCAAAAGCAUGUUGGCAGCGGGCAUUAGUAGUCUCGUGACUAAUCUGGAGGUUUUAAUUGAAAUUUGAUUGAAGCUGAGCAGAUCAUUUGUAUGUUAGCAUGAUGUCCUCAAUACUGAGAGAGCUGAGGUUAUUUUUAUGAGUGAACGGUCUUUAGGUGUGCCUCUGACCUCUGUCCGGUCUGCAGUUUGAUUUCCUGCUGGCAGGUCAAAAUAGGGCAGGUGAGGGGAAACUUUAUUGUUUCCAAUAAGAGUUGAGGCAUCACAGCGUGCUUUAAAAUGUGGGACAAAAGUUUCCAACAGUCACUGAAUUUUGGUUUUAAGCUGCGACCUCGUCAGUCAGCUGUUUGUCAUUUUUUUUCGAUCUGCACUUGCAUGGUUACUCGUUUGUUUUAGGCGCACAGGACAAAGCUGAUGUACAAUUCUCCGCCUGGUUCAGAGUUGGCUGCAGUCUGUCUGUCGGUGGGCAUUCAAAGCUAUGAAUGAGGUGAACUUUUUGUGUUGUGUGAAGAUUAUUAGGAGUGUGAGAAGUUGGGACAGUUGAAGUUAAAAAGUUUGAUGUAAAAAGAUGUUAUUUGCACAGCAUUCACAGAAUGCAGCCCUUUUGUGUUUUAUAAUUUUUUUUCCAUUUGUAUUUCUAGAAAUGAAGCACUACUUCUAUACAGAAAUUAUACUGUACAUUUAAAAAAAAAAAAGAAAAAAGAAAUACCCGAAGGAAUGAAUGUCAAAAGAAAUGUUUAAAUUAUUUCAAACAUUAAAUUUGGCCCCCUUUGGUUUAUUAUUAUUUGUGAUGCCCUGAGAAUGUGUUUUUUAUUAUUAUUAUUAUUAAUAUUAUGAAAACUGCUUGUAGUAUCAUAACCAUUAUUUUGUGUGGUAACGACAAUAAUAAUCCUUUUGUAUGUACUCACUAACUGUAAAACCAGCUGUAGACGUUAGUCUGGCACUGCGUGUGGCGAGACGCACAUGAACCUGCUCUGUUUUCUGAAUUACUUUGUUGCUCUGUGUAAUAUAAGCUAAUAUAGAAGCUGUACUGUAGUGAGCUUGCAUGGCAAACAAGAACAUAAUCAUAUGGAAAAAAAAAAAUCGCAUUGUUUCCAUUAUUUGUGCCAUGAAGAAGCAGCAAUAAUAUGUUUGUGUGGAGGUCUCUUUAACACAAAAAAGCAUUGUAGGUUUGAUCCCGUGUGAACAUUUGAGGUACGAUGUUUUCGGGGUUGGACAGUGUGUUUUUUACCUCUGCGUCACGUCGGCACUGCUGAAAUCCAACGUAUCAAUAAGUCUGUGAAACUAGCAGGGAUUGAAAAGCCAAUGACAGAUGUAUCAUCUGAAAACAUUCCAGUUUUUAUCGUCAUCAAAAAAGUGAAGAAAAAUGAUCCACCGUCAAUAUCUGAAGGGCUUUUAUUUCUGUCGACUUGUUUUUCAUUGUGCCUGUAGCAGAGUGGUAAAAUUCACAAAUGUAAAUGUAUUCUGUUGGUGUACAGUAUGCUUCAUCUCACACUUACCCAUCUGACGUGCAUGGUUGUUUCACACACCAGGAAUUCAGAGCAAAACUCAUCUUCAAAGACGUUUCCUAGGUCCUCCUGGAGAUAUUUUAGAGAUUAGAAAGACACAUUUUUACUAACUGAUUAUUUAAAGUGAUUUAAAUAAAAGUUGUCCAGAAGUUAGUUUAAAAUACAGAAAUUAUGUUUUUCCUUUAACUACAAACAGUCUGAAGUCAAAAAGAAAACCUCAGGACAUCCUUGAGAUGGGAUUUUGCUAUAAAUUCCUUCAGUCGAGAUUUCAGGAGGGAUGCGGCAUAAGACGCUCCCUCCCGUUUCCUCCAGUCGACCUACACGUGACGCCGUUUUAACACAUUAAUAUAUCGUAUGUAUCUGUAACUGUUUUCUUACUUUGUGAAUACAGUCAGUAACAAACAUUUACACAUGAAAAUAAAAUUUACAAGCUUGCCACACCA